AUUUCACAGACUCCAUUUCUCUCUCUCUCUCUCUCUCUUCCUCUUCCUCUUCUCUAUCUCUCACUUCAAAUCGAUCGAUCGAUCCAUCUCGAACAAGCUUUUCUCAGGGAUCCUCACCAGCAAGAGGAUGGGGCUAACUUUCACCAAACUAUUCAGCCGGCUCUUUGCCAAGAAAGAGAUGCGUAUAUUGAUGGUGGGUCUCGAUGCGGCUGGUAAGACAACCAUUUUGUACAAGCUCAAGCUCGGCGAGAUUGUGACCACGAUUCCAACCAUAGGUUUUAAUGUGGAGACUGUUGAGUACAAAAACAUAAGCUUCACAGUGUGGGACGUCGGAGGUCAGGACAAGAUUCGUCCACUAUGGAGGCAUUAUUUUCAGAACACACAGGGGCUUAUCUUUGUGGUCGAUAGCAAUGACAGGGACAGAGUUGUUGAGGCAAGAGAUGAAUUGCACAGGAUGUUGAAUGAGGAUGAGUUGAGAGAUGCAGUUCUCCUUGUCUUUGCUAACAAACAAGAUCUCCCAAAUGCAAUGAAUGCUGCUGAAAUCACUGAUAAGCUCGGCCUCCACUCCCUCCGACAGCGCCACUGGUACAUCCAGAGCACCUGUGCAACCUCUGGAGAAGGACUUUAUGAGGGAUUGGAUUGGCUUUCCAACAACAUAGCAAACAAGGCAUGAGGAGAUGAUUGAUUUUGUUGGGAGGGUGGAUCUUGGAUGCAAGUUUUGCUUUUAGGUUGGGCAGUUUAUCGUCGUUGUGCUUCUGUGCACUGUCUCUGGUUUUGGGAACAUGUCCUUUUAAAAAAGGUGUUUGGCUUUUGAUAUAGAAGUUAUGGAUGUGUCUAAUUGAAUAUAUUGUUUGUUUUUGUUUGGGUUGCAAGUAUUAUUAUGUGUUAGGCUUUUGAUUCAUCUAUCUGAAGUUGUAAGAGAGAUUAUUAUUAUUAUUAGAAGUAUGUAGUUUGUUGGUAUUCU